GGAGUUGACCGACGAGGUGCCCGUGAAACGGCAGGAGAAGUGAUUUUACAUCGAGCAGAAAAAAAGAGGUGCUGCUGUGAAAAACAAGAUGGCGGCCGAAGAUUUUGACGUCGAGGAGAUGCUCGAGGCUCCGUACCGAAAGACUGUAAAACCAAUCCUGUUUGAAUUAGCGGAGCGCGUUGUUUCUGCCAGCUUAGGAUGAUAAACGUUGAAGGCCAAACGCAAGUGCCGCUCUAUCGAACCCCGAUAGUAGGGUCAAAUCAAUGGCAUGAUGCAAAGCGUCAGAACAAAAGUAGGAACCUGGUGCACGUUUACUGCACCAUAAAUUCAAUAGUCAAUCGCUUUCUUUAGCAACAUCCACAGAAUAUGAAUACUGUAUUCCUGUUUUUAGAUAUCGCGCUCGUGUGUCUGUGUGUUGAUCCCAAGAGAUGCCCGACAACAGGCGAAAAUUGCUUUGUGCGUGUGUUGUUAAGGCAAGUUUCUUUCCUCUUCAAUUUCGUAUAUUACUAUCAACACUAGUUUUGCUAACGAUUGCCUCGCUUCUUGGGCAGUCGAAUGUCCAGGGACCAAUUUCUAUUGCUUGUACAAAUCAGUUUGUUGUUAUCUAUCUAAACAAAAAAAAAAGCGCGAUUCUACAGUUGUAAUAAUGUUGCAAACCGUUUCCUUAUUUGUCCAGGUGUCUCUGCUAACAGAAAGCACUAUACAGAGUCAGUCAGCAAAAAAGAGCAAAAUGGCAAAACACGGCCCAACCUCUCGCGUGCGUCCUUAGGUAAUUAAGCCACAAACACAGAACAAAAAAAAAACACAACCUUAUCAAUGUUUGCGGUUGGCACACCGAAGUGAAGCACACAUCCUCAGUAAUGAUUUAUCUAUGGCGUCUUAUAUUUGCAUAUAGAUGGAAGGAAAAGGUGGCCUUUGGCUUUUGGCAGGCCCAUCCGGAACUAAACGGCGCGCGCAGAAACACGCACACAAACAGAGAGAGAGAGCGGGCGGUGCCCAGACGGUGCACUCCAAAAUCUGUUUGCUUUUGAAAAGCACACACGUUCUGCCACAAAAACGCGUGCAAACCCGUGAGAUGAAUAGAGCCCCCAAUAGAGAGCACCGCCCACCAGGUAGAGACAAGCCAUACGCAAUAGAGCGCACACAUAUUGAAAGCAAACAAGUGCUGGAAUUUGGUAAAAACACAAUUCCUUGGUGUGUUUGUGUGUGCGCGCGCGUAAGCUAGCCCCGCAUUUUUUUCUCAAAGAUCUCCCUCAUCUCAAGAGUAUUAUUUUUGCAGAAAACUCAAUCUCACAGUGAAUACGACGCGCACAACACGCACACACACACAAAAUAGUAGCUCUCUCUAUCUACGGUUAUGGUUGCGUGUGAGUGUGAUGUGUGUGCGUGACUUGGUGAACGCCACGCGCCGUUCACUGAGUUGUUGUGGGUCGUCCAGAGAACCGGAGGACGGAUCACCGGCGGCUGAAAACGGCACGUCCAACGGAGAUCGCCACAAGGAUCGAGACCAUCAUCGGGAUGGCAAGUCGUCGAGACAUCGCAGCCGCGAUCGCGAGGGUGGCGAAAAGCGCCACAAGGAACGGUCGAGAUCGCGCGAGCGGCGCCACAAGGAGCGUCGUCGCAGCAAGGAUCGUUCGCGGUCGCGCUCCAAGGGACACGAGCGCAAGGAGAAGGACCGCAGCGGACGUGGUGGCGACCGGAAGGAGGGCCGUGACGAACGGAAGGAGCUCUCGGGGCGGGGCGAGCGGCGUCGAUCGCGCGAUCGGUCCCACGAGAGGGAACGUCACGAGCGCGAGCGUCACCGCGGUGAGCGCGUUGAAAAGCCGCGUCGACGUAGCCGCAGUCGGCCACCGGCGGCGGGACCACCACGACGUCGAUCACGCUCCCCGCGGCCAUUCCGGCGAGGCCGUACGCCCCCGAAUGGGGUCCGCUAUCGGGAUGGAUCUCCGCUGGAGGAGCUCAGCCCGGAGGAGCGCGAUAUGCGCACCGUGUUUUGCAUGCAACUGUCGCAGCGAAUCCGGGCCCGCGAUCUGGAGGAGUUCUUCUCCAGCGUGGGCAAGGUUCGGGACGUGCGGUUGAUCACGUGCAACAAGACGAAACGCUUCAAGGGAAUCGCGUACAUUGAGUUCCGUGAUCCGGAGUCGGUUGCGUUGGCGUUGGGGCUGUCCGGCCAGCGAUUGCUGGGCAUUCCGAUCUCGGUGCAGCACACGCAGGCCGAAAAGAACCGGCUGGCGAACAUUCCUCCGCCACCGCCGCCGAAGGUCAUCGUUGGACCGAUGCGGCUGUACGUGGGGUCGUUGCACUUUAACAUCACCGAGGACAUGCUGCGCGGAAUCUUCGAGCCGUUCGGUAAGAUCGACAACAUCCAGCUGAUUAUGGACUCGGACACGGGUCGGUCCAAGGGCUACGGCUUUAUCACAUUCCACAACGCGGACGACGCCAAGAAGGCGCUAGAACAGUUGAACGGCUUCGAGUUGGCCGGACGUCCCAUGAAAGUGGGCAACGUGACCGAGCGAUUGGACGUAACGACCCACGCAUCGCUCGACACAGACGAAAUGGACCGCAGUGGAAUCGAUCUCGGUGCAACCGGACGGCUACAGCUGAUGUUCAAACUGGCAGAAGGUGCCGGAUUGGCCGUGCCACGUGCAGCAGCCGACGCCCUCCUCGCCACGGCUCCGCAACCUGCGCCAAACCAGCCGGUCCAAGAUUCACCGGCGAUCGCCACACAAUGUUUCCUGCUGUCGAACAUGUUCGAUCCGGCCACCGAAACCAACCCCAGCUGGGACGUUGAAAUCGAAGACGAUGUCAUUGAAGAGUGCAACAAACACGGCGGCGUCCUGCACGUCUACGUGGACAAACAAUCUCCGGCCGGAAACGUUUACGUCAAAUGCCCAAGCAUCGCGACGGCCGUCCUCGCCGUAAACGCCCUGCACGGUCGUUGGUUCGCCGGACGGGUCAUUGCCGCCGCGUACGUCCCGCUCGUCAACUAUCACACACUGUUCCAGGAGUCGGCCACGGCAUCUGCCCUCCUGAAGCCCAACAGAACAAAUUAGGGCCCGCGGUCAAAGUAACGCUGAGAUAGGUUUAAGAGGGUGCGCGUGUGUCCUGCCCCCUUAUCCGGAAUUGUGAUAUCAAGUCAGCGCGCGUUGCUACGUUCUGAGAAAUGUAGAACACUCACACGAUUUCUCCGGAAUAAGGGGGCGCGGACGCGGAUGGACGACAUGAGUGUAUGAGCGAGGACGAAAAGGGUGCGCGAGUCAAUUAAUUUGUGGGCAGAAUUAAGUUUUUUCUCUUUCGUUUGUUUUAUAGAUUUACACGGCUUUCGUUCAAUAAAGUAAAAAUAAUUGAUCAUUUUUUUUUUGGUUCGGUAGUGUUCAGCUUGAAGCGUUUCCUAGUAGUGAGAGACGCCUGUUACGUUUACAUUCGCGUAACGUUGCACUAACCAACAAAGUUGAUUAAGAAAUAAUCUAAUUUUAAGCAACAGUUUCAAUCUACAUGUAACACACACACACUUGAUAAGAGCGAACAAAUAAAGUGUAGACAUUUUAACGGUA